CAUCCACAAAUCUGCAAGACAAAACAUGAUUCACGCAUCCAAGCACAGGCGAGCCUGGUGCAUUUUGCUGACGCCUUCGUCUUUGACAGAACCUGGAGCAUGUUUCAGUGCUCAGUGCUGUUUAUAGAGCUCAGCAGCAGACUUUGCCACACCUCAUGCUGUUUGUAGAGUGCCUCACUGUUGCCCUCACCUGGCCUGUGACCUGAAAGCCCUGGCUCCAGCAGAUAGGUAGGCAGGCAGACGGACAGACAGACAGGACAGACAACCGAGGUCUACUUUCAAGCUUGCUGCCUCCUACCCUGCUUUUUCUCAGAGGCUUGUUGCCACCACGGAUUGCACUGUCAGCCCCCUACCGGCCCCUCCGCAAAGUGGCCUCACUAGUAUGCCAUUUUUACUGGCCCAGGCCCAACUAGAAGGAAGAAGAGGCCUGGCCUGGCCAUCUACCCCAGUUCCUCUCCAUGUCCCCAUGGCUCCCAAGGUCUCUGAUUCCAGUUGUCCCAGCUGCCCUGGGCAAGAAGAGGUGUGUGUGGCAAGGCUGCUGGGUUACCCAUUAACUCAGUUGUGAGCUGAAGAGCCGAUGGGCAGCAGGCAGACACUGGAGUCUUCUUUCUGUCUAUGGGCUCGGGCUGCUGUCUCAGGUCCACCCGCAGCUCCAAAAUGGUCUCCUGGUCUGGGAUAACAAGGACACAGCAAAUACUGCAGAAGAAGUUGGUGCGAGAGUUCCUGGCCGAGUUCAUGAGCACAUAUGUCAUGAUGGUGUUUGGCCUUGGUUCCGUGGCCCAUAUGGUUCUAAGUAAAACACAUGGGAGCUACCUUGCUGUCAACUUGGCUUUUGGCUUCGGUGUCACCAUGGGAGUGCAUGUGGCAGGCAACAUCUCUGGGGCCCACAUGAAUGCAGCUGUGACCUUCGCUAACUGCGCACUGGGCCGCCUGCCCUGGAGGAAGUUUCCGGUCUACGUGCUGGGUCAGUGCCUCGGCUCCUUCCUGGCGGCUGCCACCAUCUACGCCCUCUUCUACACGGCCAUUCUACACUUUUCGGGUGGACAGCUGAUGGUGACCGGACCCGUAGCGACGGCUGGCAUUUUUGCCACCUACCUUCCUGAUUACAUGACAUUGUGGUGGGGCUUCCUGAAUGAGGUGUGGCUGACUGGGAUGCUCCAGCUGUGUCUCUUCGCCAUCACGGACCAGGAGAACAACCCAGCACUGCCGGGCACACAGGCGCUGGUGAUAGGCAUACUUGUGGUCACCAUCGGGAUGUCCCUUGGCAUGAACACAGGAUAUGCCAUCAACCCAUCCCGGGACCUGCCCCCCCGUAUCUUCACCUUCAUUGCCGGCUGGGGCAAACAGGUCUUCAGCGAUGGGGAGAACUGGUGGUGGGUGCCAGUGGUGGCGCCACCUCUGGGUGCCUAUCUAGGUGGCAUCAUCUAUGUGGUCUUCAUUGGCUCCACCAUCCCACGGGAGCCCCCAAAAGUGGAGGACUCUGUGGCGUAUGAAGAUCACAGGAUAACCGUAUUAUCCAAGAUGGAACCUCAUGCAUCCAUGGCCUCUCCCCUCACCCCUGUCUCCGUGAGCCCUGACAACAGACCUGCAGUCCGCCUGGCCCCCACCUUACAGGAAUCCAUGGCCCAAGAACACUUCUAAGUAGAGAUUCUUUGUGAUUCCACCCUCACCCCAAUAAAGCAAGUCUUAUCCCACA